CGUCUCAAGAAGACCCCUUUGACCAGUAUAAUACAAACAUCCAAAAUAGGGAGUACUUUUAAACUACAAAAAUUCACAAAAAUCGAGCCGGCGUCCAUAGUCAAAUAUCAAGAAAAAUACAAAGCCGGCUUGUCAGAACUAAUACCAAAAUUAUCCAAUUUACUAAUCUCUUAAUCGAACACAUUGUUACAACAAAUAAUCGAAGCAUCGGUUUCUAACUAAAUUAAACAAGAACCUAAAUAAAACAUUUAGCUAAAUCCAAUGCAUUGCUGCAGGUGUCUCAAAACUGCAGCUACCAUCUGAAUUCUCCAAGAAAAAAAAGGUGACGAUUUCCACAAUUUUGCUAAAUUUGGAAUAUACUUGAUUCAUCAAUAUAUCUUCUUAACUCAUCAAUCAACCAAAAAAAAGAAAAGCAUAGAUUCCGUCGAAGAUCAUGGCCGAUCACUCGCUGGAGGCCGAGAAUUCCCCGGCCUUCCGCCGCGGGAGGCGGAGGCACACUACCCCGGUGAGGUCCGAGUACGUCUCCACCUCCUCAUUCUCGACCUCGAGCUCGUACGUCUUCCCCCACCUAGGUGGGGCCAGGAGGGUGGCCAACCCGACCCCGGCCUCUCCCUUUGCCACGGACGGCGACCGGUCGUGGCAGGGGGAGCUCUCGUGGCAGUUCGAGCCUUCGGGCUGGCAUGAGAAUCGGGGCCUCGGUGCUGCUGCAUUCGGCCCCUGGGCCACGAGUUCUUCUGCUACUCCGCGUAGCAGGAUCUUCAGAAGAUCGGCUAACGACUACUUUAUGUCGCGUACUUAUGGUGGGAUCUCGAGUCAUGACUUCUCGGGAUCCGGAUAUGAUCUUAUGCCGCGGCCCCAGCUGCAGAGGCUGGAGCUGCAGAGUUACAUUGGGCUGGCCCAGGCCGGCCCAAUGGUGACAAUUAAUGAAGGGAGUGGGGGAAGUUUAGUGGAUGAGACCGCGAGUCUUGACCAGUUGCCUGGCGAUUUGGACCGGAAUGAUCAUGAUCAUGAUUAUCAUAACGUUGGGAGUGGUGACUUGGAAGGCGGCGGGGGCCACUCCAUGCCAGUUGUCGUUGAUUAUCACGACGAGGAUGAGGGCGAGGGUGAUGACGACGAGGAUGAGGAUGAAGAGGAUGAGGCUGUGGCGCGGAGAUCGGUUGGGCUGUUUGGUUUGUUUAGGUACGCGAUGGUGCUCGAUUUUGUGUUGAUAUUGUUUGGAAGUUUGGGAGCUUUCAUCAAUGGAGGAUCUUUGCCUUUUUAUUCUUUGCUUUUUGGGAAAUUUGUGAACAAGCUUGCCCUUGGAGGAUCUGAUAAGGAUAAGAUGAUGGAGGAAGUGGACACUAUAUGUGUAUAUAUGACUGGACUUGCAGCCAUAGUUAUGGUGGGAGCUUACUUAGAGAUCGCGUGCUGGAGGCUGGUCGGCGAGAGGUCAGCCCACCGGAUCAGAACCGAAUAUCUGAGAGCCGUCCUACGGCAGAAUGUGGCGUUUUUCGACACAGAGAUAACCACAAGCGACAUAAUGCACGGAAUCUCUAGCGAUGUUGCACAAAUUCAAGAAGUCAUGUCCGAAAAGAUGGCGCAUUUUGUUCAUCACGUUUUUACAUUCUUUUGUGGAUAUGCCGUUGGAUUCAAGAGCUCAUGGAAGGUGUCUCUAGCCGUUUUUGCAGUGACGCCGUUAACUAUGUUUUGUGGCAUAGCGUAUAAGGCCAUCUAUGGCGGCUUAACGGCCAAGGAGGAGGGUUCGUACAGAAAAGCUGGGAGCAUUGCGGAACAGGCAAUAAGCUCAAUCAGAACUGUUAUCUCCUUUGCAGCAGAGGAAAUUUUGGCGGGAAAAUACGGCGAGCUUCUUGAGGGAUCGGUGCCUCUUGGGGCGAAGCUCGGGUUCGCGAAGGGGGCCGGGAUGGGGGUGAUUUAUCUCGUCACGUAUGCUACUUGGGCUCUUGCCUUUUGGUAUGGCUCCAUUUUAGUUGCAAAAGGUGAUCUCUCCGGUGGCUCCGCCAUUGCUUGCUUUUUCGGUGUCAACGUCGGUGGAAGAGGCCUAGCAUUGGCCUUAUCUUACUUCGCGCAGUUCUCGCAAGGAACCGUGGCCGCGAGCAGAGUGUUCGAAGUGAUAGAGAGAGUUCCUGAGAUCGAUCCUUACGGCUCCGAGGGGAGGACGCCGUCGAGCAUGCGCGGUAGAAUCGAGUUCAGAGGCGUCUCCUUCGCUUAUCCGUCGCGCCCCACCGUCCCGAUUCUUCAAGCCCUGGAUCUCGUCAUCCCGCCUUCGAAGACUCUGGCACUCGUCGGAGCGAGUGGUGGUGGGAAAUCGACUGUUUUUGCUCUUAUAGAAAGGUUCUAUGAUCCAACACAAGGGUUUAUCAACAUCGACGGCUACGAUUUGAGGACUCUGCAGGUGAAGUGGCUGAGGAAUCAGAUAGGCAUGGUGGGCCAAGAGCCGGUUCUCUUCGCAACCACAAUCCUCGAAAAUGUGAUGAUCGGAAAAGAAAACGCAACCAAGAAAGAGGCCUUCGCUGCCUGCGUCGCCGCCAAUGCUCACUCCUUCAUCUCCGGCCUGCCCCAUGGCUACGACACCGAGGUCGGGGACCGCGGGACCCAGCUCUCGGGCGGCCAGAAGCAGCGCAUAGCACUGGCGCGCGCCAUGAUCAAGGACCCGCGGAUCCUGCUCCUGGACGAGGCGACGAGCGCGCUGGACGCGGAGUCAGAGGCAGUGGUCCAGAAGGCCAUUGACAAGAUCUCGGGUGGGAGGACCACCGUGAUCAUCGCUCACAGGCUGGCCACGGUCAGGAACGCCCACACGAUCGUGGUGAUCGACCGUGGCACGGCCGUGGAGAGCGGUGAUCACGGGCGGCUAAUGGAGAAGGGAGGCCCGUAUUUUGAUCUCGUCAAGCUGGCGUCCCACGGGGUGUCCCAGGGACACCCCGUGGUGCAGCGGGCCGGUGAGGCGAGGAGUGUGGAUGUGGCGGAGGCGGAGAGGCUGGCCGGGGGUGGAGAUGUGGAGAAAUCUAUGAAUGUGGAGAUGGGAAAUGAAGAGAGGGAGGAUAGUUAUAGGUUAGGGGAAGUUUGGAGUUUGCAAAGGCCAGAAGGAGGUGUGUUGAUUCUUGGUUUGAUUUUAGGUAUGUUUGCAGGGGCAAUUUUGUCUAUUUUUCCAUUUAUUUUGGGAGAGGCUCUUAGGGUUUACUUUGAUGAUGUGGAUGAUUUGAAAGAGGAGAUUAAUAGGCUAUGUUUGGUGUUGGUUGGUUUGGGAUUUGGGUGCACCUUGACCAUGAUUGGGCAGCAGGGGUUCUGUGGCUGGGCAGGGACGAAGCUGACUAGACGCGUCCGGGAGUCGUUGUUCCGGGCGAUGCUGAGGCAGGAGCCCGGCUGGUUCGACGCACCCGAGAAUUCCGGUGGAAUUCUUGUGUCAAAGCUGUCUAUUGAUUGUGUUAGCUUCAGAUCAGUUCUUGGUGAUAGGAUCUCUGUUUUGUUGAUGGGCCUGAGCUCGGCUGGGGUCGGGUUAGGGAUCUCGGCCCGUCUGGAGUGGCGACUGGCGCUCAUGGCGCUGGCCGUCACUCCCUUGACACUCGGGGCGAGCUAUUUGAAUCUGAUAGUCAACAUCGGGCCGAGGUUGGAUAACGCAGCCUACGAGAAAGCCAGCACUAUUGCCGCGGGGGCCGUGUCAAGUAUAAGGACCGUGGCGACAUUCGGUACCCAGGAGAGCGUCGUCCGGUCCUUUGACCGGGCCCUGGGUGAGCCAAGGCGGACCUCUGUCAGGCGGUCCCAGAUAAUGGGGUCCGUCCUGGGGUUCUCCCAGGGUGCGAUGUACGGUGCGUACACGCUAAUUCUGUAUUUCGGCGCGUUUCUUGUGGAAAAGGGGUACACCAACUUUGGGGUUGUGUACAAGAUUUUCUUGAUUCUUGUGCUCAGCUCGUUCUCGGUCGGGCAGCUGGCCGGGCUGGCGCCUGACACUUCUAUGGCCGUGACGGCCAUUCCGGCCAUUUUUAGGAUCCUGCGCCGUAAGCCUUGCAUUAGCAGCGAGGGCAGGCGGGGCAGGAGGCUUGAGGGUGCAAAAUCAGUGGACCUCGAGCUUAAGAAGGUGACGUUCGCUUACCCGACAAGGCCGAAUGUGGCCGUGUUGAACAAUUUCAGCCUCAAGAUUAGGGCAGGGAAGAUGGUGGCGUUGGUGGGAGGGAGUGGAUCAGGGAAAUCAACGGUUGUGUGGCUAAUACAGAGAUUUUAUGAUCCAAAAAGAGGGAGAGUUUUGAUGGGAGGUUUUGAUUUGAGGGAGUUUGAUCUCAACUGGUUGAGAAGGCAGGUGGCUCUGGUCGGCCAAGAGCCGUCGCUCUUUGCCGGGAGCAUCCGCGAGAACAUCGCGUUCGGGGAUCCGAACGCAUCAUGGUCGGAGAUCGAGGAGGCGGCGAAGGAGGCCUACAUUCACAAGUUCAUAUGUAGUCUGCCUCAAGGAUAUGAAACUGAGGUUGGGCAGAGUGGUGUGCAGCUAUCGGGCGGGCAGAAGCAGCGGAUCGCGAUAGCGCGAGCCGUGCUAAAGAAGGCGAGGGUGCUGCUGCUGGACGAGGCUAGCAGCGCACUGGACUUAGAAUCGGAGAGGCACAUCCAGAAUGCGCUAAAGAAUGCCUCAAGGCGAGCCACCACCGUCGUGGUGGCCCAUCGCCUCUCCACGAUCAGGGAGGCUGACUUCAUAGCCGUCAUAUGCGAAGGCUCCGUGGCAGAAUAUGGCGACCACGAAACCCUGCUGGCUGCCAACCUGGAUGGCAUCUAUGCCAACUUGGUUAGAGCAGAAACAGAAGCCAUGGCAUUUGCUUGACAUGUAAAAAAUGUGCAUUAGAAUGUUGAGAAAAAAAUAGAAAAAUAGAAAGACAACUUGUUUUUCAUUCCAUUUUGGCUUACACUAGGUUGAUUUAUCUAACUGUCUGAAAAUUCAUUGAGUACAUUGCAAAUGCCAUUAUUUAAUUUGUGGAUUAAAAAAUAAAGUCAAGAAAGUUUACCUUUUUUUCCUUCCAACAUUCUAAAUUAAUCAGAAUGAGGGAAGAAGAUGGAGGGACAGGGCACACGCCGGAUUUUCAAAGAAAACAUGAGGCGAAAAUCGGGCAUGUGCCCUGCUUCUCCACCUUCAUUCAGCCACAUUCUAUGUACUGCUGCACAUUUGGAAUCACCCAUGAAGAAAUUUUUAUAGUCAUCAAAGCUAGUAUGUCUCAACACAAUCUUGACAAAUGUAAUAAUGUAACAUGCUACAUAACUAUAACAUAUAUGCAUUUAUAUACCACACAUUUCACCAAGAUCACCAGAAAAAUAUAUUUUUGGUUGGGUGGAGUUUGCUUGAAAAUGUGAGAUCUAAUUUAUUUUAUUUAUUCUUUUUUAUUUUUGGUAAAGUGGAUUAUGUCUUCAAAAGAGUGGGUAUUGGAGUUUGGCUGCCAAAAAGAGAAGUAAAAAUGAUGAUAGAAAAUGAAAUUUACCAACAAAAGCUCACAGGCUGGCCACCCACCAACCAUUGGCUUCAUAUUCAUCCAACUAAUGGAGAACCAAAUCAAAAGUGCAAAAAAGUUGUUUAAAUUGGCUUAUCAAAUUAGAUCUAUAUUCACCAUUUUAAUCAAAGCAUAGAGUUGAUUGUUUAAUGACUAAUUGUAAGUGUAGAUAAGAUAUCCCAACCAAGAAGGUGUUGUACAUAUUCGUACUAUUUCAGUCAUGAGAUCACCAGACACCACUCCAUCAAAAGAUUUCACAAGUUGGGUCUAUGGGCUUGGUAGGAUUUUUAAGAAUUGGUACAACAAUGAGCUUGAACCCCAUUAGUAAUUUUAAGUUUUAAUAAUUAAUCACUUUUUUUUAUUCAUAGGUAUAUAUUGAGAUUCUUGGUGUCUAAUUUUUGCAUUUUAUGAUAUUUUGCCUUAGAACCACGCAAAAUUUACUUUAUUCAAUAAAUAGCGUUGUUUUCAACGAGCUACAUUAAAAUAGUCUGGGUUUUAAUAAAUAUUUCAUAAAACAAAAACUGUUCAUAAUUUAAAAUGAUACUACUCCCGUCCCAGCUAAGAUGACACAUUUUUUUCGCACUUGUUUUAAAAAAAUGAUGAUAAAUAAUUAAAAUAGAGAAAAAAUAAAGUAAGUUGGAGAAUAUUGUAUAAGACACUAUCUUCUAU